AAUUCCAGCGUGUGCAUAAACCUUUGCUGACUUGUGACUUGUGAGCUAGCAAGCUAGGGUUUUGCCGCAUUAUUGUGCUGCACUGUGAUCAAACUCCGUUCAUUAUCGGCCAUGGAAGGCAUCGAAUGGGAGGAACCCGCAUUCACCACAGACGAAGCGAACGAUGAUUUAUGCAAUUGGGUCCUCUCUCGCUUCGCCAACUCCACCAACGAAAACCACCAGCACCUAUGCGCCGUCAUCGGCGCUAUGUCACAGGAGCUCAAAGACCACAACCUACCUUCCUCUCCGGUCGCCUACUUAGGCGCUGCAUGCUCUUCCCUGGACCGCAUCGCAUCCGAACCCAACCCUCCCAACCACAUCAUCGACGCGCUUCUCACCAUCUUCUCUCUCGUCAUCACCAGAGUACCCGUCGCUGUGUUGAAGAAGCAGAGAGAAUUCUUGUCAGAACUUGUAAUUAAAGUUUUCCGUUCUCCAUCCGUGUCGGAGAGUGCAGUUAUUUCCGCAUUGAAGUGUCUCUCGCAUUUGUUGAUCAACCGAGAAAGUGUUGACUGGUCUGACGUGUCUCCUUUGUUCACUGUCUUGUUAGGGUUCCUUGCUGAUUCACGGCCUAAGGUCAGAAGGCAAUCCCAUUUAUGUCUUCGUGAUGUCCUGUUGAACAUUCAAAAUACUUCUCUACUGGCAUCUGCAAGUGAAGGAGUCACAAACUUACUUGAAAGAUUUCUUCUGCUUGCUGGUGGAGCAAAUGCAAAUGCUGGUGAAGGAACUAAGGGAGCCCAGCAGGUUCUGUAUAUUCUUGAUGCCUUGAAAGAAUGUCUUCCUUUUUUGUCACUGAAAUAUAAGACCAGUGUUCUUAAGUACUUCAAAACUCUCUUGGAUCUGCGUCAACCCCUAGUCACAAGGCGUAUAACAGAUGGUUUGAAUUUUCUCUGUGUUUAUCCAACAUCAGAAGUUUCCCCUGAAGCACUACUUGAGUUGUUAAUCUCGUUGGCUCUUUCUAUCUCAUCAAAUGAGAUGUCUGGAGAUGCAAUGACAUUUACUGCCCGAUUACUUGAUGCUGGAAUGAAUAAAAUUUAUUCUGUUAACCGACAAAUAUGUGUUAUUAAGCUUCCUGUUGUUUUUAAUGCCCUCAAAGAUAUUUUGGCAUCUGAACAUGAAGAGGCUAUACACGCAUCAACUGAUGCACUCAAGAGCAUGAUAAAUUCUUGUAUUGAUGAAAAUUUGAUUAAACAAGGAGUGGAUCAGAUUGGUUUGAGUGAAAACAGAGAAUCAAGGAAGUCAGCGCCAACCAUUAUUGAAAAAAUUUGUGCAACUAUUGAGAGCUUACUUGAUUAUCAUUAUACUGCUGUCGGGGACAGAGUAUUUCAAGUUAUUUCAUCUAUGUUUGAUAAAUUAGGAAAUUAUUCUCCAUAUUUUAUGAGUGGAAUACUCAAAAACUUGGAAGAUGUGCAGAAGCUUCCUGAUGAAGGUUUUCCAUUUAGGAAACAGCUGCAUGAGUGCUUCGGAUCAGCUCUUGUUGCAAUGGGACCUGAAACUUUGUUGUCUCUUAUACCGCUGAAUUUGGAAGCUGAGGAUUUAGCUGAUGCAAAUAUUUGGCUUUUUCCAAUUCUCAAACAUUAUAUUGUUGGUGCACCUUUAAACUAUUUUACAGAAGUGAUUUUGGGUAUGAUUAAGUGUGUAAGGGAGAAGGCUCAAAAGCUUGAGAAGCAAGGUCUGAUGGUGUCAUCAAGAAAUGCAGAUGCACUUGUAUACUCUUUGUGGUCUUUGCUACCUUCAUUUUGCAACUACCCUUCAGACACUGCUAAAAGUUUCAUGGAUCUGGAGAAACAUUUACGUAGUAAGCUGAAAGAAGAACCUGAUAUUCGUGGAAUAAUAUGUACUAGUUUGCAGCUUCUGAUUCAUCAAAACAAAAAUAUUGAUUCAAAUGACAAGAGUUAUAUUGGGCAAAAUCUGGCCAAAGAACAAGUUUUGGCACAUUAUUCACAGCAGGUUGCACUUGACAACUUAUAUGUGCUGAAGUCAUCUGCAAAGAAGUGGUUAAAAGACCUGUCAGAAGUAUUCCUGCAAACUAUGAAAGAUGAUGGUGGUUGUCUGCAGUGCACAUUUGGUGAUGUUGCUUCUAUAGCAGAUAAAGCAGAUGUACGCAAUUUAUUCAAGGAGUUAAUGGUGAAGCUUUAUAAAUGCACUCUAAAGGCGAGCAAAGUAGGCAAUACCAAAAAUUCUCAUUCUAUGCAGAUUGAUGAUAACGUGUCUCCAUCAGUUUUAAGGGCACGAUUUCUUGAUCUUGUGGUUUCACUGUUGCCUGGUUUAGAUGAUGAAGAUAUUGCCCUAUUAUUUCAAGCAAUAGUGCCAGCAUUGCAGGAUGUUGAAGGUGUCAUGCAGAAGAAGGCAUACAAAGUACUUUCAAUCAUUCUUAGGAGCUCAGAUAGUUUUGUUUCAUUGAAGUUUGAGGAACUGCUAAAGUUUAUGGUUGAAAUUCUUCCUUCAUGUCAUUUCUCUGCCAAACGUCAUAGACUUGAUUGUCUUUACUUCUUAAUAGUCCAUGCCUCAAAAUUGAAGGAUAAUCUGGACCAAUGGCGAGAAAGAACCAACACUUUCCUUACUGAAAUAAUACUUGCUCUUAAAGAGGCUAAUAAAAAAACUAGGAACAGGGCUUACGAUAUACUUGUUGAAAUUGCCCAUGCAUUUGGAGAUGAGGAAAAAGGUGGAAACAGAAAAAACUUGGAUGACUUUUUUCACACGGUUGCCGGCAGCCUUGUUGGGGAAACCCCACAUAUGAUGAGUGCAGCAGCCAAAGGUUUAGCUCGCUUGGCAUAUGAGUUCUCUGAUCUUGUUUUAACUGCUUUCGACUUGCUCCCGCACAUAUUUCUUCUACUCCAGAGAAAAAAUAAAGAGAUAAUCAAGGCCAAUCUAGGUUUUUUGAAGGUAUUAGUAGCCAAAUCACAAGUGGAUGGGUUGCAAAUGCACCUGAAGAGUAUGGUGGAGGGUUUGUUGAAGUGGCAAAACAACACCAAAAAUAAUUUCAAGGCAAAGGUUAAGCUUCUUUUGGGAAUGCUUGUCACAAAGUGUGGGCUGGAGGCUGUUAAAGCUGUCAUGCCUGAAGAACAUAUGAAACUUCUUUCCAACAUACGCAAGAUCAAGGAACGGAAAGAGAGGAGUCGAGGUGCUAAAUCUGAAGAAACUAGAUCUCAUCUUUCAAAAGCAACCACCUCCAGGCAAAGUAUGUGGAAUCAUACAAAAAUUUUUUCGGAUUUUGAUGGAGAUGAUGACAAUAGUGAUGCAGAACACAUGAUUUCUAGAGGGAGCAAAUCUUCCUUGCACCUCAAAUCGGCAGCAUCUUCAUUUCGGUCCAAUGUCAGACAAAAAAGGAAUUUGCCUGAGCACUUGUCUGACCAAUCCGAUGAUGAACCACUUGAUUUGCUUGAUCGGCAGAAAACAAGGUCAGCUCUUAUAUCAUCUGACCAUCUUAAAAGAAAGUCAAGGUUAGAUGAUGAUGAGGUUGAGGUAGAUUCCGAAGGACGCUUGAUUAUUCGCGAGGAAGGCAAAAGGAGGAAAGAAAAACCUGAGGACCCUGAUUUUGAUACUAAGAGCGAGCCUGAUAGUCACUUGUCUGCGAAGUCUGGAACUAAAGCCCAGAAGCGGAGAAAAACAUCAGACUCUGGUUGGGCUUACACAGGGAAGGAGUAUGCUAGCAGAAAAGCAGGUGGAGAUGUGAAGAGGAAGGAUAAACUUGAACCAUAUGCAUAUUGGCCACUUGAUCGGAAAAUGAUGAGUCGUCGACCACAACAGCGGUCUGCUGCAAGAAAAGGUAUGGCUAGUGUUGUUAAGAUGACUAAAAACCUUGAAGGCAAGAGCGCCUCCGGUGUGCUGUCGCUAAAAAGUUUGAAAUUAAAAAGGACUCAAAAGAAAGGCAGCAAGGGAAAGAAAAUAUAAGUAGUAGCUAAGGUGAUUUUGCAGGUAUAUUAGAUAAUUAUAAUGUAUUUGCAUUUUUCUCAAUUUUGAAGCUCCCGAGCUGUAUAUCUAGUUAAAACGAAAUCAAAUGUAUUGUUUUAUCUUUAUCAUUACUUGAUGAGAAAACAAAAGCUGGCAUUUGGGUUGCAGUUUUUCAUUAUAGAAUCAACUCUACUGCUUUUUUUACGAUAAGCAGAAAUGGGGUGUACUGGGAUUGGGUUUAGACCUAACAACUAUCAUUCAUACAACAUUUUUGUACAUUUUUUCACACUUUUUUCAGUCAAUUAUAUCAAUUAUUUU